AUGACCACUGGAACCGUUUCAGCUCAAAACUCUGAGGAUAUUGCCUUUGCUCGUGCCCUCCAUGGCGAGAAAAUCAAGAGUGGUCUUUUGGCCAACUUGUCUUCCAAGAACGCUGAUGUCCACAAUGUGGCUACUGACACUUAUCUCAAGAUGUGGAAGGCUCCCAAGGAAGAGACCAAGGAAGACGAAACCAAGAGAUUAGAUGGCUAUACUUCUCUUGUCAACUCUUACUAUAACUUGGCUACCGAUUUCUAUGAAUAUGGAUGGGGUUCCAGUUUCCACUUCUGUCGUUACUAUGUUGGCGAAGAGUUCAACCGCGCUAUUGCUCGUCAUGAGCACUAUUUAGCCGCCAACAUUGGUAUCAAGAAGGAUAUGCGUGUUCUUGAUGUUGGCUGUGGUGUUGGUGGUCCCGCUCGUGAAAUUGCUCAUUUCACUGGUGCCCAUGUUACUGGUUUGAACAACAAUGCCUAUCAACUCCAAAGAGCUACGCAUUAUGCUGCUAAGGAAUUGCUGCAAGAUCAAACCGAAUUCAUCAAGGGUAACUUUAUGGAAAUGCCUUUUGAGGCCAACACUUUUGAUGCUGUUUACGCUAUUGAAGCUACAUGUCACGCUCCUGUUUUCGAAGGUGUCUAUGGCGAGAUUUACCGUGUCUUGAAGCCUGGAGGAAACUUUGGUUGUUACGAAUGGUGUAUGACUGACGAUUUCGAUGAAAACAACCCUGAACACAAGGAAAUUGCUCACAGCAUUGAAAUUGGUAACGGUAUUCCCAAGAUGCGUAAGACUGCCGAGUGUAUCCAAGCCUUGAAGAACGUUGGCUUCGAUGUGUUGAUGAACCAAGAUCUUGCCAAUGUCGGUGAUGCCAUCAACUGGUACUACCCUCUUGAAGGUGAUAUCAGAAAGUGUCAAACUGCCAAGGAUGUUUUAACCACUUUAGCCAUGACCAAGUUGGGUCGUUUCACUACCACCAACUUUGUCCGCGUCUUGGAGAAGAUUGGUUUGGCUCCCAAGGGUACGGUUGAGACCCAAAAGUUCUUGGAAACUGCUGCUGAUGCUUUAGUUGCUGGUGCCAGACAAAACUUGUUUACUCCCAUGUUCUUCUUUGUCGCCAAGAAGCCCGAGUAA